AUGUGGCUCGCUCAACUCGAGGGGCGUGCUUUGACCCUGGGGAUCACCGCAACAUGCGGAACCGCAUUUCUGCUCUUUGGCUUUGACCAAGGAGUGUUCGGAGGCAUCCUGGGGAACAUGAUGUUCCUCUCAACAUUCAAUAAUCCUUCGCCUAGCAUACAGGGCCAGAUCGUAUCAACCUUCGACAUUGGCUGCAUCCUUGGAGCUCUUAUGUCAAUCUUCGUUGGCGACGUCUUAGGCAGACGCAAGACUAUUGCCCUGGGCUGCGUCUUUGUCAUUAUUGGCGGCACCAUCCAAUCAUCCUCGUACGAUAUUGCCCAAAUGAUCGUUGGGCGGAUCGUCGCUGGUCUUGGGGUAGGCAUGAACUCGGCCGCCGUGCCUAUCUGGCAGAGUGAGACGUGCAAGCCCGAGCAUCGCGGCAAGCUUAUCGCUCUACAGCUCGUGCUCGUGAUUGGCGGCAUCAUGCUCACCAACUGGAUGAAUCUCGGCUUCACCUACGUUCAAGACAACGAUGUCAGCUGGAGAUUCCCUAUCGCCUUCCAGAUCUUUUUCGCACUGCUCGCCAUCUUUCUUGUUGCUUGCAUGCCUGAGUCUCCUAGGUGGCUCUGCAUGAAAGGUCGACACGAAGAAGCCCAAACGAUCAUUGCUCGCCUCCAGGCAAAGCAUAGAGACGAUGAAUCUGUUACCGAGGCCUUGCAGCUAAUCGUCGCCAUGGUCACCCACGAACAAGAGCUUGCCAAGGUCGGCUGGCGCGAAAUUUUCUCGAACGGGGAGCAACAAACCUUCCGACGAGUCGCCUUGGGCGCCGGAACCUCGAUCAUGCAACAGAUGGGUGGUAUCAAUGUCGUGGUCUACUAUAUGCCAGUUAUUUUAACAACUUCUUUUGGCUUCAGUGAUCGCACGGCCUUGAUCCUCUCGGCAUGCGACUUCAUCUCGCUGAUGUUCUGGGGCAGUAUCGUCAUGCUUGUCAUUGACAAGUGGGGACGUAAGAAUCUUAUGCUCGUGGGCGCUUUGGCUCAGGGAAUCUCCUUUGGUGUUGCUGCUGCCGGCCUGGGAAUUGGGACGAAAGCCUCCGAGGCCGUUGCUGUCACGGCUAUAUUUGUUUACCAUGUAUUCUUCGGUCUAUCCUUCCUAUCCAUCCCCUUCUGUUAUCCUUCCGAGAUCAACUCUCAACGCAUGCGCAACGUGGGUGCUUCUAUUGCCAUGAUCACAAAUUGGCUCUUCGUCUACGUCAUUGUUCUCAUCACACCAAUCGGUAUUGCCAACAUCGGCUGGAAAUUCUAUAUCAUCUUUGCCGUGCUGAACAUUGCUUGGUUGCCCUUCAUCUGGUACUUCUAUGUCGAGACGGCGGGCCUCUCUCUAGAGGAGAUCGACAAGCUCUUCGAGAUCCACUACAAAGGCGGCAGGGGGAUGACCUGGAAAGAAGCAACGCGUCUAGCAAAGGAAGAAAUUGCCCAGAACAAGAUAGCAGCCCAUGAGAAGAUCUUGCAUGGCAGUGCUACUGUUCAUAGCGAGUUUGGUGAGACGGGAAUGGAUGAUUAGAAGCCUAGAUCCGAUGGCCGAUGCUGUUGAUGGCUUUUUUUCUCUACAAGUCUAUCUUAUAACGCAAAUAAUAAAAUAGAUGUGGUUAUCCCGAAUCAUAUCCUGGG